AUGUCCAAUCCAUAUGGGUAUUCUAACGAUGUAUAUCAACAACAACAAUCUAAUUUACAACAUCCACAACCUCAUUAUUCACAACCAAUUCCAGCAAAUAUUCAUCCACAACAUCAGCAACACCAACCCGGUUCAUCUAGUCAACAUCAACAACAUCAACCACACCAACAACAACAACCAAAUCAAUUUAAUUUUUUAAAUGAUCCAGCUGCAGCAUUAGCAUCACAAUUUGCAAGAUCAGGUUUUCAACAAUCAAAUCAAUAUAUACAAGAUAAUUUUGGAACUAUUUCUGGUGAUAUUAAAUAUUAUUUUCAAGUAAGUAAUUCAUAUGUAUUUAAAAAAAUUUUAUUAAUUUUAUUUCCAUUUAAACAAAAAGAUUGGAGUAGAAUUAGUACAAAAGAAACUGGUAUAAAUCAAUAUUUACCUCCUUCACAUGAUAUUAAUGCUCCUGAUUUAUAUAUUCCUAUUAUGUCAUUUAUAACUUAUAUUUUGCUUUGGGCAGCAUUUCAAGGUUUAAAUGGUGAAUUUCAUCCUCAAUUAUUUGGUUAUUUAGCUUCACAAACUUUAGCUUUUUCAAUAUUAGAUGUUGUUAUUUUCAAAAUUGGAUUAUAUUUAUUAAAUUGUUCACAAAUUAAAAUUUAUGAUAUUAUAAGUUUUGCUGGAUAUAAAUAUGUUUCAAUUAUAAUGCUUUUAAUUUUAAAACAUACUUUUGGAUCAUAUUUAGGUAUAUUUUAUUAUUUAAUUGUUUUUAUUUUUAUUAUAAGUUUAUCAGUAUUUUUAAUGAGACUGUUAAGAUUUAUAAUUUUACCAACAAAUGGAACUAAUACUACAGUAAAUAAUAAUGUUACAAGUAAACAAAGAAAAAUAAGGAUUCAAUUUUUAUUUGUUUAUUCAGUAUUAAUUCAAGGAUUAAUUAUACUUUAUAUGAGUAAAUAA